AGGUUAUGCGCGCUGGUAGUUCUGAGUUCAUAAUACAAUCGAUUUGAUUACAAGGCAUAGGCACUACGUUUACGUGCGCGCGCUUGUCUGCGUGUGUAUACUGUGUAUGUAAUGUUUAUGUGUUUAUUUUUUUUUCUCCGAAUGUAAGUGGGAUCGAGAUCGGCCUUCAAAAUAUUCCGAUGCAAUUAUUAUUAUUGUUUUUCCGCGGUCCUUAAAUUAUCGCGGUUUGAUCCCUCGAACGCAUGUUUUAAUUGAGUAAAAUUACGAUCGGAUAGCAGUGUCUUUUUUUAUCUCCAGUGUUUGGAGAAAUAUUGCGUACGUCCGUUGCUUUGAUAUAAAGGAACAUCAGGAAACAUGGCCGAGGUUAAACCCGCCGCCACCAGUCAACAACAACCAAUCGUCAAAAUAGGUCAUUAUAUACUUGGACAGACACUCGGCGUUGGUACGUUUGGCAAGGUGAAAAUUGGUGAACAUCAGCUCACCAAACACAAGGUGGCUGUCAAAAUACUCAAUAGGCAGAAGAUAAAAAGUCUGGAUGUUGUUGGGAAAAUACGUCGAGAAAUUCAAAAUCUCAAACUCUUCCGUCAUCCUCACAUCAUUAAAUUGUAUCAAGUUAUCAGCACGCCUACUGAUAUAUUUAUGAUAAUGGAGUAUGUAUCUGGUGGAGAACUAUUUGAUUAUAUAGUAAAACAUGGUAAACUUAAGGAAUUUGAAGCUCGUCGUUUCUUUCAACAAAUCAUAUCUGGCGUUGACUAUUGUCAUAGGCAUAUGAUUGUACAUAGAGAUUUAAAACCAGAAAACUUAUUAUUAGAUCACAAUCUUCAUGUUAAAAUUGCUGAUUUUGGCUUAUCCAACAUGAUGAUGGAUGGAGAAUUUUUAAGAACAAGCUGUGGAUCACCUAACUAUGCUGCACCAGAGGUUAUUUCAGGAAAAUUGUAUGCUGGACCUGAAGUAGAUAUUUGGUCGUGUGGUGUUAUUUUAUAUGCAUUAUUAUGUGGUUCUUUGCCUUUUGAUGAUGAACAUGUCCCAACUUUAUUUCGAAAAAUUAAAUCUGGUAUAUUUCCUAUACCAGAUUAUUUGAACAAAUCUGUUGUUAGUUUACUAUGUCAUAUGUUACAAGUAGAUCCAAUGAAAAGAGCAUCUAUUGAAGAUAUUAAAAAACAUGAAUGGUUCCAGCACGAGCUACCUGCAUAUCUUUUCCCUUCACCAGUUGACCGAGACUCUUCAGUGAUUGACACAGAUGCUGUUAAUGAAGUUUGUGAAAAAUUUAGUGUAAAAGACUCUGAAGUUCACAACGCUUUAUUAAGUGGUGAUCCUCAUGAUCAAUUAGGUAUCGCCUACCAUUUAAUAAUUGAUAAUAAACGAAUAGCUGAUGAAGCAGCUAAAGCAGAAUUAAAAGAUUUUUAUAUUGCAAGUAGUCCACCUCCAACAGGAGGAAGUCUGGAGCCAUCAGCUUCAAAUGCAGUUGUAAAACCACAUCCCGAAAGAAUAAUAUCUCAAAGAGAACGUGCUCAAUCAAUAGAUCAAGGGGCCAGAGGAUCUCCAAUGAAAAGAGCUAAAUGGCAUUUAGGCAUAAGAUCUCAAAGUAGACCUACAGAUAUUAUGAACGAAGUAUAUAGAGCAAUGAAAGCAUUGAAUUUUCAAUGGAAAGUAAUAAAUCCUUACCAUGUUCAAGUACGACACUUGAAUCCAAAAACUGAUAAUUAUAUCAUGAUCUCACUGCAACUGUAUCAAGUGGACUACAAAAGCUAUUUGUUAGAUUUUAAGAGUUUAACAAAUGAUCAGUUAGAAAAUGGAAAUUUACCUCCACCCACUUUAGAAGUUGAAAAUCAAUCUCCAAGGCAAGAUGUUGUUGCACUACCACAAAAAAAGUGCGCAGGACAUCAUACAAUGGAGUUUUUUGAAAUGUGUGCAUCUUUGAUUACCCAACUUGCCCAUUAAUUAGUAAAUACAUGUAUCUAUUUGUAAAAGUAUUUAUUUUAAUUAUUUAAUGUAAGUAUAUACCAAAUUGUUAAAGAAGUAAAUGUAAUCCUUAGAGAGCUGUUAGUUGUUUUUGUUGUACCUAUAAAUGUCUCAUUAUAUUUAUAUGUACAAGGCCUUACCUAUACAUUUUGCAUUAUAAAGUUCAUGGUAGUAUGUCAAAGUAAACUUGACCAUUUUAUACUCUGUCCAGUCUAUCCCACUAGAGAACAUACUAGAUUCUACAUGUAGAAUGAGGAUUGUGGUCAAUUAUGAUAUCUUUCCCCCUCCAUGUGACCAUAUGUCGUUACAUCUUACCAUGUACCACCCUCACAUUCUAUCAAAAUUCGAUGGAACACAUUAUAGACUACAUUGCAAUGCGAGAUGUAUUGUAGACGAUAAGUUCUCGCGUGGGACAGAGAUUAGUAACACAGUAUUUGAAUGAUUUUGUACCUAUAUAUUAUAUGAUUAGUCUAAUAAGUGUUAACAUUGUAUGUACUUUUAUUUCAAGAUUUAGGUAUUCAUAUUAUGUUUGUCUUGAGAGAUAUAGUUAUAAUUAAAUCUUAAAUAAUUAGAUAAGGUACCCUAAAGAUGUAUUUUUAUAAUUUAUACUUGGAAGUUAAUAUACAGUUAAAAGCUUUAUGUUAAGAUUUUUAAAUCAUUUAAAUUUUGUCAACAUAAAAUAAAAUCAAUUAUGUAUUGUGAUUUUUAGACAUGUAAAGAAUGAAGAAAAACAACAAUUUAAAUAUAUUGUUUAUUUUAUUAGAAGUAUAGGUCAUUAUUUUUGUAUAACAACAUAAUUUUUACUGCGCUUCGAUCGAGUAAGAUUGAAAUAGUUACUCAGUGAUAAGUCGUCAAUUGUUAAUUAAAGUAAUUUUUGAAAGUUUUCAAUAAAUAAUUUAUUAAGUUAUAUUUUUUGUCACUCUUAUAUUUACUUUUAAUCAAUAAAGAAUAAAACUGAUUAAAGACUCAA